UGUGUAUGUGUGUGUGAGAGAGAGGGGCAGAGAGGAGAGUGUGUGUGCUCCACGGAGGGUGAGAAUGGAAAUGUAAUCGACAAGGUAAAAGAAGUGAAGGAAAUACAAAGGAAGGAAGAGAAAGUCUCAGGUCUUUGCCCUCAGCGCAGGAUUUACACAUCCGAAACAUAUUCACGCAAACUUGCUGAGAGUUGUCCUUACCGGCGCGCGGACUCCGCUCGAGGUGGGAACAAACGAAAAAAAAAAAAUCUUCGGGAUGGUGGACUCCCGCUUCCCUCGCGGCCCGGGAAUCACGCGCCAUUGAAGGGGGGUGAUAUUGUGCAUGCGCUUUGGCUCUACAGCGUGCACGCUCGGGUCGGUCGAUACGAGCACACUGGCGUGGCUCUCGGCCUCCAUUUGCCAGUUUGUGUUUAUGUUCGAAGGAUUCAGCGAGGCCCUUUCAACGGCGACGACGACGUGCAACAGUUGGAGUUUCACCGUGAACGUUAUUAUUGUUUCUCUCUGGUAGGCCACGAGGUAUUCAACCGACACUGAAAGGCAUCAAAUUAUGUGGAACAGCGGCAGCCGUUGAUGAUGCCGGCUACAGACUCUGAACUCACAUCCAUGGAGGAACCCCAUGCAGUGGAGGAUGAGAAGGGGAGCUUGACUAACGUCCCCUCCUCAGCUCCUCCUACGACCAUCCCUGCUUCAACGCCUCCUUUCCCUACCACUAUAGCUAAUUUCACUGGUGAGACAGUGAUUGAGAACAGAGCUGUCUCCAUGGCAAGUAAUGACUGCAGCUCGGCUCUCUCUUCACCUGCUGAAGCCAGCCCAGCCAAGCCUGCUGUAACAUCACCCACUACGUUUGAAGGGACUGUCGAAACAAGCCCAGCUACCUCACACAUUGCAUCAGCGUCAGACUCCUUAAAAUGCACAGGGACAAGCCUUGUCAACAUUUCAGAAUCACUACCAUUGUUGUCUGAGCUGCCAUCUACCACAUUUGGCAGUUCAGACCUGGAAAAUGACUUUUCUCCUGCACUGACCUUCAAAGGCGUCACGGUGUCUCUGGAGAAUAACAGCGUGUGGAGGCAGUUUUAUAGCUGUGGAACUGAGAUGAUUCUCACUAAACAGGGGCGCCGCAUGUUCCCUUACUGCCGAUAUCGCCUGGCUGGCCUAGAUCCUGAGCGCCAGUACAGUCUGGUACUGUCCAUAGUUCCAUCUGACCAGUACAAGUACCGCUGGAACAAAUCCAAAUGGGAGGUCACCGGACCAGCGGAACACCAGACCCAGGGCCUGGUCCGGGCCUUUGCCCACCAUUACUCAUCCUGCAAAGGCUCAGACUGGAUGGGUAGCUUGGUGUCUUUCUACAAACUCAAACUGACCAAUAAUACCCAAGACCAGGAGGGCCAUAUAAUCCUACACUCCAUGCAUCGCUACAUUCCUAGGCUACAUGUGAUACCUGUCCCAGAUGGGGUCGUACCCACACCUGACCAGCCGGUGGUUAUGGGACCAGAAAGCAUGACCUUUACUUUUCCACAGACUGAAUUUAUGGCUGUGACCACUUAUCAGAACUUUCGGAUCACGCAGCUCAAAAUUAAUCACAAUCCGUUUGCAAAAGGCUUCAGGGAGGACGGGAACAAUCCCCGCCUAAACAGGGUCACCACAGAGGCUCGACCUCUGGUCAAGACAGACACUCAGUCCUGUGUUAUAGAACAAAGUGAAAGCAAAGAGGGGGCUGUUGAUCUGAGCAUGAAGAAUCAUAUCAUCCCUGCUCCUCUCUCAAACGUGCAAGAGACUAGACUGGUCCUGAAGCCGAUAAUGUCUACCCCUGCCAGUAAGGAUGAACCAUAUGUCCCCUGUAUAAGAGGCAAGCAUGCCCUUGGUGAGCUUGUGCUUGUCCAAAAAAGUUCACUUGUGAAACCCAAGGAAGAAAACCAAACGCCUAAAGCCAUAUCCAUGACUCCUACCUCCUCAACGUCUACCCCAAGAGCAUCACCUUGGAGCCGCAGAAGAAGGAAGAAGAUCAACAGACGCUGGGCGAAUUCCAGAGGAAAAGAGUGGAAAACUGCUGCUGCCUCUCCCACGGUAGUCCACAGCCCAUCACUGACUGUGGCUUUGCAACCAGAGCUGGAUGAUGUAGAGGGCCUGCUGUUUGUGUCAUUCACCUCAAAGGAAGCUCUUGAGGUUCAUGUCAAGAACAAGCCAGCCAGUAGCUCAGCACCAGUGUCUCCAAUUUCCCCAAAGACUCAGAAGCAGCACACGCAAACAUUGGAGGUGAUCCCAGAGACUGUUGAGGAGAAGAUAGCCCAAUUGGAGGCUAUCCUGCUGCAGGACCUCAGAGUUCUCAAACACAAACAGGUCAUCCAUCCUGUGCUGCAGGAAGUGGGCUUGAAGUUGAGCUCCAUAGACCCCUCUAAGUCCAUUGACCUGCAGUAUCUCGGGGUUCAUCUGCCACUGCCUCCAAUCAAACUACCAGAUCAAGGUGAUGCCACGGUUCUGUCUCUUGGCGAUAAGAGAUUACCCUUCAUGUCAAGGACAGGAAAGACAAGUGACAUGACAAAAAUAAAAGGAUGGAAAAACAAGUUCAUAAAAAGCAAAGAAGCAUCUCCUUCCGACUGUGAUGGAUUACAAAGGAACCUAUCUGCCUUCUGCAGCAAUAUGUUGGAUGAGUACUUGGAAAGCGAAGCUCAGCAAAUUAGUGAACGGGCUGCUGCCUUCUCCACACACCCAGAGGGCUCAGUGGCCUAUCAGCUGCCUGCUAAAAGCUCCAGCUACGUAAAGACCCUGGACAGUGCACUUAAGCACCGAAAUGCUGCUUCCAGAUUCCCAGUGGGGGCCAACAGACCAUGUCCCCUUUCCCACAAGCCCCUCCUUUACUCUGCCCUGACGUCACCGGCUCCUCCUCUGGCCAGCCCUGCAACACCUGUUCGAGCAGAAGUUCAGUCCAUGCAACAAUCAACAUCUUCACAUACACAGCCAGGAGCUCUGAUGUCAGUUAGUGAAAAUGCUGAUUCACAGAGAUCAUCUACAUACCAGCCAGGGGUCGGCCAGAGACCAGCAAUGAACUAUGGGCAGAACCAAGGGAUGGCACACAGACCCACAGGUCUCACUAAGGUCCAGUUCAAACUGUUGCAGAUGGAGAUUGCAGCCCUGAGCCAGGGUGUGAGCAGAACACACCUGACUCCAGACAGGCUGUCAGCGGCUCUGUCUGUAAUCCUGACAAAACAGACGUUGCCUGGUCAGGUCUUGAAAUCUUCCAAGUAUCUAAAGUAUAAAGUUGGGGGACCUGAAUGUGGUCAGGAGUUCUGCAGACUGGGUUGUGUGUGCUCCAGUCUCCAGCAUCUGAACAGAGGUCCACUCCACUGCCGUCGGCCUGAGUGCAUGUUUGGAUGUGCCUGCUUCAAACGCAAGAUCACCAAGCAGAUUUCUAUGGGGGAGAGGGAACAACAGAUCCAACCUGUUUACUCUAUGACUAAUAUAGAGAAUGCGGUCCAACCUCACCCGGGCUCCCACAUAAAAAAACUGUGGAACCGCAAUAUUCAUGAUGUGGAUCCAGAGCCAAUCUACGCCCCCAAAAGUUCUCAGUGUUUGGUCCCGUCAAAACCCCCAAAACGCACCAGUGUACCUCGUCCAGCACCACCGAUAAGAGAGGAGGACAAGGAUCCAGUGUAUAAAUAUUUGGAGAGCAUGAUGACAUGUGCACGUGUUAGAGAGUUCAACAGCAAGCCUCCUCCUGAAGUUACCAUAGAGCCAAAGAUCCCUAAUAUUUCUACACCAAGCACCAAUACAAAACUGCAGAAGAUGACUGACAACCAGCCAAGACACUACUACAGAACUGUAAAGACUAAAAAAGCAGCAGACAUGGCCUGUCAGGAAUCCACAGCCAGUGAAACAGAAGCAAGGAAACAAAUACAGAUCCAGUCAGCGUGCCAUUGGGACAAGGACCACAAAAUGGUCCUUGAAGCUUUAUGUCGACGCAUGAAUCGGAAUCGGUUGUGUCAGCGUUUCUACAUAGGACCUUACCGCAUCUUCCCAGUUGCCAAGAUCUUCAUGCAGAAGCCCAGUGGCUCCAUUGUCACCUAUAGGGUACACAUCAGUAAACCAUCAAAAGCCAGUGAUUAUGAGGAGGAUGAAUUUGAUGACAGUGAUGAUGAAAAGGUUGCCAAUAAAAGCUUUGAUGGAGACAUCAAUGCAGAGGCGGAAGAUGGUCAAACUGAAGAGUCAGAGAUGCAGUUUGGAGUCACACCCUUCCUAAGUGGAGUUCUACCUGCCGGCAGACUGAGAGCCAGGACCAAACCUGUUGGCUGCCAAGUAAAUGGACUUAUACAGGUAAAUGGCAAAUGCUACAAUCAGGCAAGACUGUUGCUGGGGAACAUGGGAUCUCUACAUCCAGCUAACCGCCUUGCAGCAUAUGUCACAGGCCGACUGCAUACUCUUGUCGACACUGUUCAUAAAGUCUCUAAGAAACCGCAGUCUAUGCAAAAAAAUGACACUCCUGGUACUCUGCGCAUAAAGGCUGCAGGCACAGUGGUCCCUCCAAUUGUCAGUGCAAGGAGAACCACUGAUCUGAAGACACCAACACAAGCACCAGUUCACUUCCAGCCUGACUCCUGGAGAAAAGGAUUCACCACAUUGCCACAGCAUUCACAAAACUCCUCCAUCAUUAACCCUGUCCAGUCAUUCAUCUCGAGCCAACUCAGCUUGGUCAGUCCCUUCCAGCACAGCUCCACGUCCUCGCCUGUUUCGCUGACAGUCUCCCCCUCGCUGAAAACCCCCAGCUUCCUGGGACAGAGUGGGACCUAUUCAUUCAGGAUCUGCCCUCCAACCAACCAGAGCACAGGGGCCCAGAACCUACCAGGAGUUGCCUUGCCUGGGGGCUUCACUCUCAUUCAACUCCCAAAACCUGGAGCUGAUGGAGCUGCACAACAACCAGAAACUGUGAACACCUCAGACAUAGCUGCUGUGGAUAAAGCCCCGCCACAAAGAGAUGCUUUGUUUAAUUUUGGCCACUUAGCUGCUAAUGUGGAUGCUAAUUGGCAUGGUUUGGACACUCUUAAUGAAGGUAAAGACCUGUCCAACAGCAUAUCAGUGGAGCCUGGCCACUCGUCUGAGCUGAUAUGUGAUGAGAAGAUGCCUUCAGAUGAGAGUGAUGAAGCCAACAGUAGGCAGGUUGAGUCAAACCUGGAUAUCGCGUCAGAGGACUUAAGCUCUGACUCAUCAGACUACUGUGGUGACGAAGAUGAGGAGCCAGUGGAUAUCGAGACUGUGGAGGAAGCAAGACAAGAAAUGGCAAUUGCCAAAAUGAGGGAAGCUGUUAGGAAAACAUUACAGGAGUCACGAGAUUCCAGUGAUGAUUUUGGAUCAGCGAGGGACCUCAGGAUCCAGGAUCAAAUGGACAACGAAGAAGGUGAUGCCAAGGACAAAAAGAGGCGAAAGAACCACACAGUGCUAGAACGGCAAAGACGCUCUGAACAGCGGGACCUCUUCGACAAACUCCAGACUGUCCUCCGGAGUGACCCCAGGGCCCCCAGGCUCCGCCUCCUCUCACUGGCUCUAAAGGAAAUCCAAAACCUGGUUGAGACCUCCAGAUGUCUGGAGGAGAAGAAGAGGAAGCUGACUGAGAUGCAGUCUGUCUAUGUGAAGGAGCUUUCUAUUUUGUCUGGAAAGUCUGAGAACCUGAUUAAAAACAAGCUGAGGGAUAUCUGCCAGAGGCAGAAAAUGAGAGAGAAGACAAUGAAAUGGAGGCCUAUCUUUUCCCAUCUACUCCAGUCCAGAGCGGCUCUCCUACAAGCCAAAAAUCCCCAGUCCAUGUCAAAGCCCAUGCCCCUGUUACAGCCUGACUUCCUCAUGGCUUCAUCUGCAGCCCAAAACAAUGUACACCAGGUGAUGUCUCUGCUUCAGCCUAAUGUACACAGGGCUCAAUCCAGUGCACAGACGCCCGUGCCCCUUCCCACCCACACGUCCAAGUUUGAGGACCAGCAGGAAGCGCCUGGAGCUCCAGCCCAAGACACCCAGUCUCAGGUCCCAACAGUUCCAGCUUCCCCUCAGGUCACGGCAGCUCAGGAUGGAACCUCACCCGUGUCCUCAACACCCAAUUCCCAAAGCCCCUCUGCUCCCCCUCCACAGCCAUUUACUCUUCCUCUGAUUCGCUCUAAGACCGGCAGACUCAUACUUCCCUCAUCUCUGAAACCACUUAGUCAAGGCUUCUACACACUCAUGUUUAUGGAAGCCAAGCAGAAGGGAGAAAAAGGCGAGGUUAGCACUUCAGCUAACAUGCAGCGUUGUGACGAGGCCUCCAAGAACCAGGAUAACAGCUUUUCUGCAUCUGACCACCCCUCCGACUCAGAAAGCAGCCGUAUUUUGGGGGAGGACAAAACUACACCUUCAAAUUCUGAUCCAAAGCGUUCACGUACAACAGCCCCCCUGUCCGGGCCUGCCUUCAUUAACAAAUCAAACCAUCGGCCUUCUGCUGAUGUAGAGAACAGACAGGAGGGGGGCACGGUCGCAGGUUUGAACACGGCACAGGCAGCUGCCUGCUUGAGUUUUAACCGUGUUGGUCAGGUUCCUCCUUCAGCAAAGGAUGAACCAGCUCCUAGCCCUACUGUAGUCCGGCGCCGCAGGGGAAGGCCUCGAAAGAACCCUCUUCCCCCUGUUAGUGGAAACGAAAAACGUACUGUGGUAGAAGAGACCAGGAAAAGUGUAAGUGAAGCAGUUAUUCUGGUUGAACGGAGACAAAGUGAAAAAAAAUCUUUGGAAGUGACCGAGACACGAGCUGAGGACACCCCAGUAAUGGUCAGUGGCGUAGCAGAUAACCCUGUUCCCGUGAAACGAGGCAGAGGAAGGCCUCCGAAGAAGAGCAGAGCUCACUCGUGGCGGCUGGUUGCAGGAGAAGAAAGCAGUCCGUCUAAAUCCAACGAGGACAGUCCUGUCAGACCCUUGUGCCAUUUUAAAAGCCGUGAUAUGAAACCUAACGCAGACCCCGCAGCAUCCACCUUGCCUGGAAAUAUAAAAACAUCUCGGCCAUUAACGCGAGGAGCUUUGGGAAAGGACUUCCCCAGUGCCAAGAAACGCUCCUGGAUUGAUAUAGAAAAGGAACUGGAACCAGAGCUUGAAUAUGAAUAGUUCUCAUAUCUUCCUGUCGCUACAAAAGCCAAUGCACACGGAUGUUUAACCUCAGUUAGUCUCACACUGAAACCUCACACCUCUCUGAGGCAGCUGUAUCUCUCCCAGCAUCAUCCACCCAGUCUUAUCUAGAGGAGUUUCUCUAUCCUGCUCUCUGUUUAUUUGUGUGAACAAGUUACAUAGGUCAUAGCCUCACCAAAUGUGCCUGUGUGUAAAUCCAAAGGACCAGAGAGACCGUUAAACACUUGAAGCUGCUCUUUUCUGUAUGUUAGCACACAACUCAGUGGACUUCUUUCAUACUAUAGAGACAGGCUGUUUUCUGCUAUGAAGAUAUAAGAGAAAGCAUUAAGUGACCUGCUGAAUGUAUGAAUAGAAUUUAUGCUAACUCCCACAAUCAUUUUUGGUGUUUUCUUCUAUGAAUCUCACCUACAUUCAUGUUUAUUUCUUGUCAGAAGCAUGAUAUUAAGAUUUAUUCAAAUUAUGUUGAAGUCAUUUAUUACUAAUCUGUUUUAUGCAAAUAAAAAUAAAAUUGUACAGAUUACAUUAAUUGAAUAUGUUAAGCCUUACAGUGUAAGUUAAAUAUCUGUAUCCUGAAUAGGAUCAGACAUCACACUGCAUCAUUAACUCUAUAAAGUGUAAAAGUUAACAUUUGUCCUUCCCAUUUUUAUUAAGAGCUAGUUUGGUGAAUAUUUCCUCUUUUAGAUCGUUUGUUUUUUUUGUCACUAACUCAGUGAAAAACAUCUACAGUAGCACUUUAUGUUUUGUUUUAGUAUGUGUUUGUAUAGUGAGUAAUGAUCUGUAAUUUGGGGAAUUAGUUCAAUAAUAUGCAUAAGCCUGAUGUGUCACAAGCAAUCAAGAUAAAAGCUGUUAGCCAUGUAUUAUAUCUAUAAAAAAAUAACCUGUAAA